AUGCUUCGCGAGAACGGCAACACCGUGAUUGCCCCGAACCAAUCCGUCACUAUCAGCUUCGCUUUUGAACGCCAGGCCGAUCUCGCUGGCUGGCUGCACUUCUAUGCAGAGAAAAGUAUUGGGAUUUGGCACCCGCGUCGCAAUGUCCGCUUCACACAACGCCUGUUUCGCCAUAUGUGGGUUCUCAGCACGUGGGACGGUGGCUUGCACUCGGGUUCCUGUGAUGGCGGCUUCGUUAGGCGCCGGAACCGAACCUGCAUGGGUAGCGACGGCCUAGAGUACAACGACAGCUACUGUGUCGGCACUUGCAUGGAUCUAGAUCCUGUGCACAACUGGGGCUAUCCUACACGGCAUGCCUGGUCAGAUGGCUACAACAACCGGUGCGAAGAUUACCAUGCCUUGGCUUUCUGCACUCCGACCGGAUAUGGAACCAGAUGGGAGUCCUGGUGGGGCAAGUUCGCGGAUUGGACCACGCAAGGGCUGGACGCUGGAGAGGCGUGCUGUUUGUGUGGAGGAGGUACUUAUACGCCAGAGCUGCCCCCAACGGAAGAGAAGUGUCCUUCAGUCAACUGCCCAGCAAACUCGAACGGCACCAGUGUUCUACAUGGCUGCAUUUGCAAUGCAGGUUAUGUGGGGGCGAUCAAUGCCUCAGCGGUCUACCCUUACUUCACAGGCACUUGUGCAACAGUUGCUUGCCCCAAGUAUUCGUCAGGUGCGCAUGUUGCAGCUGGCUGCACAUGUGAUUACGGCUACAUCGGAACCAUUGUCGCCACCAGUGCUGACCCCUUUUAUGAGGGCGUUUGUGUGGCAACGACCACUACGAGCAGCACCUCCAGGACAGUUACCACUUCCACGGCCACCUUCACCUCCAGCACGGGCACUUCCACAACAAGCAGAUCCACCACUGCCACCUCCCGUACGGUCACCACCAGCACAGCCACCGCAACGAGAACCACCAGCGCCACUCAGACCAGCACAUCCACGUCCAGCAGCACACUCUCCACAAUCUCCAGUACGACCACAAGUAGUUCAUCAGGAACUACCACCUCCACCACUUCAAUUUCACAGACGAGGACCCGGACGACCGCCACACUUUCAACUACUACGAGCACCUUCACUGGUAGUUCAUCGAGAACUGCAACUUCGACUACUUCAGCUUCCCAAACAAACACCGUCACCACCGUCACCCUGUCGACCACCGGGAGCAGAACCAUCAGCACCAGCAGCUCCAGUAGCACUUCAACCUGGACCAACUCGACCACCACCACCACCGCCACUCGAACGACGACCCUGUUCUCGAGGGCACCGAAUGGGAUUCUCGUGGUUUCCACCUCGGAAAGCCCUGCAACCUCCACUCCUCCAUCGGAAGACUCGGAUGACUGGAAUGAAUCGAACGUCUCCGACGCGCGCGUCACUGAGACUACGACCUACAACGGAGGUGCCGGAGCCGGAGUCCAGUUCGGUGGUGCAGGCGACCUCACCGCCUCCUCCACUCUCUUCCCCGUGUUCGUGAUGGUCAUGCUGUUCGCUGUUACUUGCUGUGGGGCCGUGGUGUACAAGCUGUGGAAGAACCGGCAAAGUCUGCAGAAGAUGCGACGCAAGGUGAAAGAUGAGAGUGACAAGGCCAAAGCGCCAACGAUGGUUGUCCCAGAGAUGCCCAACCAGCAGGACCUGUGGCAGAAGCGGCUGCUUCUUGGUGCUGACAGUGCCGAGGAUGUGGACCAGAGGCAUCCGGCGAAGUUGGAAGUCAAAGUGGUGCCAGAAAGGGAUGCGGAGAUCCCGAGCAAACCUGCCGCAACAGUCUACCUGGAGUUGGUGGAUCAUUUGUUGGAAGUCUUCUCCUCGCACCGCUGGGGCCACGAUUCGCCGGAGGAGUUGGAGUAUCAGCUGGCAGACCGGAAGAUGAAAUGGCAGGAGGCCUCUGUUGUUUCCGUAGAAAGUGAGGAGAAGCCAAGGCUACUCCACUGUGCAGAUCAGGCGCAAGCCCUCCUUCUGAGACGAGGGCAAAACCUCCAGGCUGCAGAGCUCCGGGAAGCCUUGGAAGCCCUGUGGUUGCAUCCCGAGCCCCCGAAGCCGCUCCAAGAAGUUCCGCCGCCGACAACGAUGGAAUGGACGGAGCAUGCGAAGCUCCGGGAGCUUGGGGAGCAACUGCUGGUGGACCUGGUGAAGAUCCGGAAAGGAGGCAAGAGAGGAAGCUUGCGUGAGGCUCUGCAAGAGGUGGGGAGAGCCUGGUGUGAGGAAGCCUCUGAGGAGCUGAGAGGCGAACCCAUUGUCACGGACUCGCUGCUGCAGAACAUGUGUUCCGAGGCAGAAGAGCUCUUUCUCGAAGAGGAACACCCCGAGAACGAGGUGCGGAGGUACUGGAAGGAGCUCCUGGCGAAACAGGAUCUCGCGAGACCUGCGCCACCACAGGCCGUCGAAGUCCCAAGCAGCGAUGAUGAGCCGCUAUUGGAAAGCUACAUGCAGGGGACGGCCAGCGAGUGGAAGGAAGAUUGGGCCCGGGGUGGCUCCAUUGAGUGGCUCCCAGAGGACGAAGAGCUCGUCGAAGUGGACGAGCUGCUUCCAUGUGCCGCAAAGGAGCCAUCCUCGGCGGAAGAUCUUCGUAUUCAGGAGCAAUUGUCAGCUGCUGCCUUUGCCUACGGGUCCUUGGUGGACGAUCUCCUUCAUCAAGUCCCGGAGCUUGAAGACCUGCCGAGCGAGCGAGUUGAUGUCGAGCUGGACAGUGCGUUGAUCAACUGGCAACAGAGACGAGUCCAGGGGCAGGAUUUGGAUGAGUUCACGGAAGGGCUGCUGAAUUCCCUGGCAGAUGAUGCAAAAGCUCAGGCGAGACAAUUCCUGGCAGACCGGAGAGAGACUGGCAAGCCGAAAGUCUCUUUGGCGCAACUGUUGGAAGCGGUUUGGGAGCAAAAGCUCCGAGAGGAGGCGGUUGAUCCGAACAGACCUUGGACGAACUGCGAGCUUCUCUACAGGCGGGGCGAAGCGCUGCUUUCGACCUUUGCCAGCAGCGUCCACUGCGCCCAAAAGCAAAAGAUGAAGGCUUCGCACAUCAAGGAGCAGCUCUCGAAAAUUUCAGAGGAUUGGUGCACUCGGACCUUGGCCGCUGCUGUCGGCGCAGACUGCGUUACGUACAAGCUUCUUCGCGAGAUGGCCUCCGAUGCGCAGGGCAUUUUCGAGGCGAAGGCGCGUGAGGCCGCGUCCACAGACAGCUGCACUACAGCUGCUUUCCUCCGACAAGCGGAUCCGGAGGUAAGAGAGGUCUGGCGGGCGAAGCUCGCCGACCUUCCCGUGGAGCCAGGAACUGGGUCGUGGAAUCAGUUCUUGAAUUCUUGGGAGAUUCCCAGUGAAGUCCGGUCCAAGGAGAACACGGAAGCGACCCAUGAGGACCGCGAGCUCCUGAUUCACCUCUUGGUGGAGCAGGAGGAAAAGGUGCUCUUCGGGUUCCGCGUCGCAGACUUGCCCAAGGCAGCAAAAGUGCGCCUCCGCAAGCUUUCAUUGCAAAAAACCGCGACUUCGAAGAGCAUUUGCGCCUGA